AUGGCAGACUCCAACCACACAGGCACUUCCUUCUUCCUCACAGGCCUGCCAGGCCUUGAGGCUGUGCACACGUGGCUCUCCAUUCCUCUAUGUGCCAUGUAUGUGGCCGCUCUGGCCGGAAACAGCCUGAUCCUGUGGGUGGUGAGGUCAGAGCCCUCCCUGCACCAGCCCAUGUACUACUUCCUGUCCAUGUUGGCUGUGACCGACCUGGGCCUGUCUGCCUCCACCCUGCCCACCAUGCUCUCCAUCUACAUGCUGGGAGUCAGGGAGGUGGCCCUGGAUGUGUGCCUGGCCCAGCUCUUCUUCAUCCACACCUUCUCAAUCAUGGAGUCCUCUGUGCUGCUGGCCAUGGCCUUUGACCGUUUCGUAGCCAUCAGCAAGCCCCUGCACUAUGGCACCAUCCUCACGAGUCCCAGGAUGGCCAGGCUGGGCCUGGCCAUUGUGGUGCGCAGCGUCGGUCUCCACAUCCCAGCCCCCAUCAUGCUGAAGCAGCUGCCUUACUGCGGGGCUCGCCUGCUGUCCCACUCCUACUGCCUGCACCCAGACGUCAUGAAGCUGGCCUGUGCUGACACCCACAGCAACAGCGCCUAUGGUCUCUUCGUGGUGCUGUCCACACUGGGGGUGGACUCUGUGCUCAUUGUCCUGUCCUAUGGGCUCAUCCUCCAGACAGUGCUGUCCAUUGCAUCCAAGGCUGAGCGCCUCAAAACCCUCAACACGUGUGUCUCCCACAUCUGUGCUGUGCUGCUCUUCUACACACCCAUGAUUGGCCUGUCCAUGAUCCACAGAUUCGGCAGACGAGCUUCCCCUUCCAGCCGCGUGCUGCUCUCUUAUCUGCACUUCCUCACACCUCCAGUGAUCAACCCAGUGGUUUACACCAUUAAGACCAAGCAGAUCCGACUGAGGAUGCUGCACCUCUUCCGCUCAAAUGGGACCGGCAUCAGAGAUGCUCAGGAUCAUUAA